UCACCGAACUCUGGUGUCUGCGUUUCAAAUGUACUCGUACUAAUGGCAGCUCGGUGUGUUCGCAUAAGCUCAUUUUUUCUCGUUGAGUCAUUCUCAAUUUUCAUUUGGAAUUUUCUUGAAUAUUAAACACUGUAUUUUAUUUCUUAUCUCUUUUAUCCCUUUGGAAAUAUGGCUCUACUGUGAGCGCUUGAUUUCUACUCUACUUUCAUUAACAUUAAUUAACAUUAAAUCCAGUGCUCCACAUUAAUUAACAGUGAAACAAGUAUCAGUUGAAAAAACAAUAACAAGAGAUUUAAUUUCUAUGCGCGGUUGCGUCGAUGCAAUAAUCAUGUUCCGACUCCUGCUUCUGCUUAUGAUCGUCGCCUCGGCCCAGAGCGAGCAUGUGACGAGUCUUAACUGCCUCGAUUGGACGCUUACGAGCUCAGCGCUGCCCAACAUCAGCGUGAAGGGGUCAGUGCCCGGUGGAGUGUACAGUGACCUCAAGAAGGCAGGAGUGCUGACUGCUGGAGACCUCAUCUACCGAGACAACGAUCUCACGUACCGCUGGGUGGCCAAAACUAACUGGACCUACAGCGCUCUGCUGAAGUUGAAUGACGGGAGUGAAGACACUUCCAACGCUCGCGUGGGUCUGGAAUUUGAUGGCAUCGACACAGUGUCUGCAGUUGCUCUGAACGGCGUCGUCAUUGGAACCACAGACAAUAUGUUUACGAAAUAUUACUUUGAUAUUCCUGAAGCUGACAAGAGCGGUGAUCCGCCGUUGCUGAGCGUCCACCUCGUGUCACCGGUGGUGUGGGCGGCAGCGCAGAGUGCGCGUCAGGCCCAACACUACCCUGUGCCCCCGAGCUGCGUGCCCCCCGAGUAUCAUGGGGAGUGUCAUGCCAACCACAUACGCAAAAUGCAGGCGUCUUUCGGCUGGGACUGGGGACCUGCCUUCCCAUCGAUGGGAAUUUGGCGGUCAGCCCGUCUGGUGCAAUGGAGUACAGCCUACAUCACCGACCUGCUACCGUCCUUAUCCAGUGACGCACCCUUCCCUUCUGUUCCAGACGGAGCGUUCAAACCUGCCUGGAAUGCCUCCAUCAAGGUUUUCCUGAGACUGGCUUACUUGGACGCGCCGUUGACAGGCGAGUUCUUAGUUCGCCUGGACGACAUCGUGAACGCGACCUUCAGUGCUCAGCUGACGCCGUCAGAACUAGAGCUCUCCGUCGUGACCCUGAACUUCACUAUUGAUGAGGGGUUGGUGGAGUUGUGGUGGCCGGCAGGGUUAGGGCAACAGCGUUUAUAUGAUCUUAACGUGACGUGGAUCUCUCAGAGCCCGUCGCUCUCCAGGGAAACUUCAACCAAGUCUGUCACUGUUGGCUUCCGUACGGUUCAACUCGACCAAAGUUUCGUAGAUCCAGUCAACGAAACGUUGGGACGCCACUAUCGCGUGUUGGUGAACAACGUGAUGGUGUUCCUCCGUGGCAGCAAUUGGGUGCCGGCUGAAGUUACACCAGAGCGCAUCACCAGCACAUAUAUCAAUCGUUUGUUGAAGGAUGCGGUUGCCGCUAAUCAGAACAUCAUCAGAGUGUGGGGUGGAGGAGUCUAUGAAGCGAACGCUUUCUACGAGACAGCUGACAAGCUUGGGCUCCUAGUGUGGCAGGACCUGAUGUUUGCCUGCAGCAUGUACCCCGUCAGUAGCGACUUCCUGUCCAGCGUCCGGCAGGAGGUGCGGACGCAGGUUCUACGUCUGGCGCAUCACGCCUCACUUGCCCUCUGGGCCUCCAACAACGAAAACGAGGCUGCACUGCGAGGCGACUGGUAUGGCACGGCCGCGAAUUUCGGCCUGUACCAGAAGGACUACGUAACACUGUAUGUAGACACGGCACGCACCGUGACUCAAGAGCUCGACCCCUCGCGAGUCUUCGUCGUAUCUUCGCCCAGUAACGGCCUGCGCUCCGAACAAGAGGGCUACGUUGCACAGAAUCCCUACAGCAACAAUUUUGGGGACGUUCAUUUUUACAACUACCUCAAGAAUGGCUGGGACUGGAGGAUAUAUCCAGCAUCGAGGAUGGUCUCCGAGUACGGCUACCAGUCCUGGCCAAGCUUUAGAACAAUGGCGACCGUGACGAAUGCAAGUGACUGGACGAUAUCAUCGGACCAAAUGAGCUACAGACAACAUCAUCCAUUCGGCAACACGGAACUCAACAUGCAGAUCAGGACGCACUUGGAGUUCCCGGACUCCGGCAACCCUCUCGUGGACUACAAACAUUAUCUCUACCUUACUCAGGUGCACCAGGCCAUGGCCAUGAGGGUGCAGACAGAGACUUACAGAAGACGGAGGUCCACGCUGCUGGAGGGAGGCGAAGGUCUCACUAGUGGAGCGUUGUACUGGCAACUCAACGACAUCUGGCCUGGAGCUUCCUGGAGCUCAAUAGAGUACGGAGGUCGGUGGAAGAUGCUGCAUUACUACUCUAAGAACUUUUUCAGCCCGAUUCUAGUGUCGCCGUACAUUGAUGGAACUCAGAUUCACGUGUGGGUAAUUAACGACACUCCAGAGCCCUCUGCGGAAGUGACCCUCGCCCUCGAGCUCAGGAGCUACUCCAGCUUCCAGUCCCUCUCGAGGACAUCCCUCCAGCUCGACUCUAUUGCGGCGCAGAACGCCUCAGAAGUGUGGGUGUUGGACGUGUACCGCGACUUGAAAGUUGAGCAGCUGUGUCACGACUGGCUGUACGCGUCACUCGACACCUGCUUCAUCACAUUCACUGCUCAAGACGCUCAAGGACAGCCUGUAGCGCCUAGUACCUUCCUAUUGUUAGGGGAACCCAACAACGCCCAGCUUAAAUAUGCCAGUGUCCAAGUAACGGGAGUGCACGCGGUCUCUUCUGAAAACCAAACUUACUUAGUUUCCCUCACCACCGACGAAGUGGCCCUCUUUGUCUUCCUCGAGACGGACGUGGCCGGAGUGUUCUCAGAGAACGGCUUCGUCAUGUUCGAGAGCGCAAUGACGGUGACAUUCGAGGCUCGUCGGCCUACGAGUUCCGACGAGCUGGUCGGCAGCAUCGAGAUCACCACGCUAACUCACACAGCGGAUACGAGCACAGCUUGGAGGCGGUAUUGGCGGCGCUGGCUUACCAGAAACGCCACAUAGGUGACGAGUGGAGUUGGCACUACGCAGGCUCUUAACGUCCAUAUUAUUAUGAUGAUGAUUACAUCACACCAGGGGCAAGCCUAUUCGCCUCUGUAAUGAAACCUUUCGACAUUCAAA